AUGUCUCUGAACCGUGUCAUUAUUGAUACAGAUCCUGGAGUCGAUGAUGUUCUGGCCAUUAUGUUAGCCCUAGCUGCUAAACCAGAGGAGCUUGAUAUUUUGAUGAUUUCUAUAACAUAUGGAAACGUCGAAGUUGAAAGUUGUCUGAAGAAUUGUGUAGCAUUAUUCCAUGUCAUCGAACAGGAAUUCAAAUGGAGAAAAGAGCGUGGCCAACUUGAGGGCUUCGAUGCGAUGAAGAAGUCAAAGCCUAUAGUGGCUGUUGGCGCAGAUCACCCACUCGAGGAUGAAAUGCUUAUGGCAGAUUACUUUCAUGGCAUCGAUGGUCUUGGUGGUGUUCAUACAAGUCAUCCACAUCUCUCCCCUGCCGAUACGUGGAAGACACUCUUCGAGCCCCCUGCUGCAAAUGCCACCGCUGAAGAAGUCGCCGAAGCCCGUCUUCUUGCCUCCCCAUCACCAUCAUUCACAGCUUCACAAGUUCCUGCCCACAAGGAAAUGCUACGUCUACUUCGAGAAAAUCCUAAAGAUACUAUCACAAUUGUCUGUGUUGGACCAUUAACCAAUAUUGCUUUGGCUGCCGCGGAAGACCCAGAAACAUUUUUGAGAGUAAAGGAGGUUGUGGUAAUGGGCGGUGCGAUUGAUGUGAAGGGUAACAUUACACCUGUCGCCGAAUUCAACACAUAUGCAGAUGCUGUCGCAACCGCCAGAGUAUUCGCCCUAACAUCUCCAAGCCCAAUCACUACCAUGCCUCCUGUACCUUUGAAUAAGACAACUCUUCCACCAUAUCCCAAGAAUCUUUCCAGGCGACUCAACUUGACGUUAUUCCCUCUGGAUAUUACAACUCCACAUCAGUUACAAAGAUCAGACUUUCAAGCAAAAUUAGACCCUCUAAUCAAAGCCGGAAGUCCCCUCGCAGAGUGGACAUCUGUUUUUGUACACAAGACUUACGAGAAAGUCAAUUCUCUUGGCAGAGAUUCGUCCAUAGAUCCAGGUCUCGAAUUGCAUGACCCUCUUUGUAUCUGGUACAUGCUAACACGUGCAUCCCCUGCCUGGAUGACUUUCCCAAGUGGACCCGAGGAUAUUCGAGUUGAGACCUCUGGUCAAUGGACUCGAGGUAUGCAUAUCGUUGAUAGGCGAACCAGGAAGAAGGGAGCAGUACAAGUCGAAAGCCCUGGAGCUGUGGAUAUUCGAGACCCUAUGGAAAGCAAUGCUACCGUUGUUCAUGUAAACAACGAAAUCGACAUUACAGCCGACGAGCCUGGAGAUAAUGGUGGCUGGCUUAGUGAUCAUAAAGGUAACAGAGUCAACAGAAUCGUUGGAACUCCUGGAGAGGCAGCUUUUGGACCUUACCUUUUGGAAAGAGUUUUUGGAUAA